AUGGCAAGUUUUGACUCAUCACAUGAUAUGCAUCAUGUUAAUAGAGUGGUCGAUUUAGCACUUCAUAUUGCCAAAGACUGUAUUCAACGUAAAGCUUGUGACGUCGAUCUUCAAGUUGUUGAACUGGCUGCCUUAUGUCAUGACGUGGGAGACAGAAAAUACUACAAAGGAAAUGAGACAGGUGGCCAAUUGAUUGAAAAGUUUUUAAGGGAACAUGACUAUGAAAAAGCCAGCCUUGUUGCAAAGAUUGUAGAUCAUAUUGGAUUCAGUAAGGAACUUGGAUGGAACGAUGCGACAGAUCCCAAGGACGAGGUCGAAUGGCGUAACAGUUGCCUAGAGUUACACGCUGUUCAGGAUGCUGAUAAAUUGGAUGCUAUUGGUGCAUUUGGUAUUAUGCGAUGUGCAGCCUUUAGUGGAGCUAAGAAUAUUCCGUUGUAUGUGCCUAAUGAAAACGAAGCAGUCGAGAAUUUGACAAAGGAAAUCUAUAUGACCAAGAAAAACGGCUCUUCUAUUGCACAUUUUCAUGAAAAGUUAUUCAAGCUCAAGACGAUGAUGAGAACAGAAAGAGGCAAGGAAUUGGCUAUUCAACGAGAUAACUUUAUGCAAUUGUUUGUCAAGCAGAUUAAUGAUGAGUAUAAUUUAUUAAGCUAA